UGUGAUGCUUUGUUCCCAUUCAAUUGUAGCUCACUCAGGGCGUACCAGUUAACAUUUGUUGAAGUUUUAUAAAGUAGCUAAAUGAAAUGUGCUUAUUCAGCAAUGAAUUGUUCAUGUAUGUUAUUAGUUUGUCAGAUAGGUUAUUGUUGAGUGUUCUUUACGUAGCUGGCGCCUCAGAAUUGAACGCUGCCAAACUUUAGUCACGCAUAAACGGAAAACGGAUUUAAUGCGUCGUUUUGGGUCAGCGCUGUCUUCCAUAAAUGCACAAACGGCGUGAUCUUUGGGCUUUCACGUGUAUAGUCAUGAUCGUGUGGUCAUGAUCUGCUCCAGGCCAGAGAACAUCCAGGUCGUCAUAGCUUCUGUUGGCGGUGCAGGUUUGUCCAUGGCUGGUCCUGCCAUAACCUGGUAGUUACUCGGUGCCAAGCUGGAGCGGUUGACUCCGCCUACGCACACCUGUUCCUGUACCUCCACCCCUCCCCUAGAACCGCUGUGUGAUCACACAGCUCACCUCCUGAGCUCAGGGACCCAAUCGGCCAACGAGGGAGGGGAGGAAGCGGAAUAUGUCAGCGAGGCACAGCUGCAAGCUUCUCUCGAUGGCUUCAUGGUCACCUUCAGAGAUGCAGAGACCAUUACUGAUGUGUGUAACAAUACUGACUUGCCAGAGCUUGAGAUCAUUAGCCUGCUGGAGGAACAGCUGCCAAUCUACAAGUUAAGGGCAGACACCAUCUUCGGCUACGAGCAAGAUGACUGGCUGCAUACGCCUCUGGUGGACCCCGACUCCGCCCUCGACCUGACGACCGAACAGAUAGAAGAGACCCUCAAGUACUUCUUGCUGUGUGCUGAUAGAGUUGGACAGAUGACAAAGACCUACAGUGACAUUGACGCCGUCACUCGACUGCUUGAAGAGAAAGAGCGUGACUUGGAAUUGGCCGCUCGCAUCGGUCAGUCACUGCUGAAGAAGAACAAAGCGCUGAGCGAGAGGAACGAACUGCUGGAGGAGCAAGUUGAACACAUCCGAGAGGAGGUAUCCCAGUUGCGUCAUGACGUGUCCAUGAAAGAUGAACUUUUACAGUUUUAUACCAACGCCGCUGAGGACAGUGAGGGGGAGUCCACCACCUCCACACCUGUGCGACCCAGUGAGAACAACGUGUCGACGCCGACUUUUUUCCCCUUGGACUCUUUGCAGAAGAGACUGAAAGAUUUAGAAGAAGAAAACAAAUGUCUACGAUCUGAGGCAAGCCACUUGGAAAUACAAACCACCUCCUACGAGGAAAAAGAACAACAGUUGGUCAAUGACUGUGUAAAAGAACUACGUGAUGCCAACGUGCAGAUAUCAUCUCUGGCUGAAGAGCUGGCAAGAAAAUCUGAGGAUGCUUCCAAACAGCAGGAGGAGAUCACCCAUCUCCUGUCUCAGAUAGUAGAUCUACAGAAGAAGGCCAAGAUGUAUGCUGUGGAGAAUGAAGAACUCACACAGCACCUUGGAGCUGCUAAAGAUGCCCAACGACAACUCACUGCUGAGUUGCGUGAGUUGCAAGACAAGUAUGCAGAGUGCAUGGAGAUGCUGCAUGAAGCUCAAGAGGAGCUGAAGAACCUAAGAAAUAAAGCUCACCCUCCUAACACACAGAGGCGUUUCCAUUCUCUGGGCUUGUUCCCGAUGGACUCUCUGGCAGCAGAAAUAGAAGGCACGAUGAGAAAAGAACUCCAAAUGGAUGACCCAGAUGUAGAGGAGCAAAGACUGCAGCCAAAACGCGUGUUCCAGACCGUUAAAAACCUCAACCUCAUGCGUCAGCAGCGUUCGUCGCUUGCUCCUUCCCCCCUCAACAUCCCGGGCUCCAACCAGUCAUCAUGCAUCACUUCGGGCCGCUCCAGCAGGGUCGGCACACCUCGCUCCAACUCCGUAUAUGGCAGUGAGACGGGAAGUGGGAUUAUUUUGGACAACAGGAGUAUCCUGGAGACUCCAGAUGAUGGGUCAGAGGACUCGAACAAGCGCCCCCCUGGAACCCCAGGUACCCCUGGCAGUCGGGACCUGGAGGCUGCACUGCGCCGCCUGUCUCUCCGCCGCGACAACUACUUAUCAGAGAAACGUUUCUUUGAGGAGGAGAGGGAGAGGAAGCUAGCUUAUCUGGCCAAAGAGGAGGAAAAAGGAGGAAGUGAAAGUAGCGGCGGCCACGGGACUCCAACGGAGAGUCUGUUGUCACUGUCCUCUCAUCCAUCCUUGGGCAGCGUGUGGUCGGGAUACUCGUUCACCGCCAGAUCCUACCUUCCAGAGAAGCUGCAGAUUGUAAAGCCGCUGGAAGGCUCCGCUACACUCUAUGCAUGGCAGCAGUUGGCUCAACCCCACAUGGGCGCUCUGCUGGAUCAUCGGCCCGGCGUGGUCACAAAAGGCUUUCGCACUUUAUCACACGAGAACGAUGAGACGGAUGUCUGGCAGCUUGACCAACCAGAGGAGGACGAAGUCUCAUGUGACUCAUUCCCAGGCUUAGCGUCAGAGAGCUUCUUAGCAGAACCUCCAUUUUCUACCUCUUCUCCGUCCGUUUGCUGCAACACCGGUGCCAGCAGCCAGUCGGAAUCACUGCAUGAUGGCAGGGAAGGGGAGAGAGAGACAAUUCGGUCAAAAGACGGACAUGUUUUCCCCUCUGCAAGCCCGCCCCCGUUUUUCCCACUGCCAUCUUCCUCCAAGAUGAACGGGCAUGUAGACUUCAAGGAGCUUGGCACGUUAGACCACAUGCCUGUUAACUUCCCAGGGAAGUGCGUAUCCCACACCAGCUCCACAUACACCUUCACCACCUGCAGGAUUCUCCACCCCUCUGAUCAGCUGACUUCCAUGUCCCCAAGUCCAGCUCUAGUCUCUUGUCAAAGCAGUACUACAUCCACCCCGGCUCACGCUGCCUUCUCCGCUCCGCACACGCCCUCCUACACCCCAUGCUGCACCCCACGCCGCCUCUCCCUCUCGCUCUCCCUCGCCGAAUCCUCCACCAACCUUCGGGACUCCACCAAGACCACCAGCACCUCGCUAGGCCUUGUUCGCCUCCUGCUUGAACACGGUAUCUCCGCGUCCGUGUACAACCCGAGCAGUUGGGAUCGAGGCUUGGACACCAGUGGGGCUUCCACGCCACUGAGGAGAGCCCAAACACCAAAGUGGACUCAUACACUGGAGGAGGAUGAAGAUGGGCACCCGAGGAAACGGCCGGACACUCUCCUCCUCAAGCCUUCAACUCCUCCAAAUUCCCCUCGCUCCUGUUCCAAAUCUAGCCCCGCCUGCCCGAUUUUUCAGUUCAGUCCCGCCAAUGACGAGCCGCCGUACUUUGACACUUUCCUCGCCUCCAAGCCGGCACGCAUCAUUCUAAGGGAAGUGCUCGGUGAGGCUGAGCGGGAGCAAAGCGGUGAGGCGGACGAUGCAGGCCAAAGUGAGAUGCUGAACCUGAGACUUGUGGAAAAACUGAAAAGAUUCCCUACCCUUCCGCCUCAAGCUGCUUCCGUCUCACAUGCAAGUGCUCUAUUGGGCCCGCCGUUCGGACCCGCUGGGCUCGGGAGCGCCGCGCUUGGUGGGGGCCUUCCAGGUCUGAACACGGGACUAAGGAGGAAUAGAAGCUAUCCCGCCAUGGUGGGAGCCAGCAUGGCGAUGAAAGAUCCAGGAGGUCCGCCCGCGACUGACAUCCUCAUACCGCAUACAAUCCAAACCCCACCCACGGUGGGCUCACACCACCAGGAAGUAAAACAAAGAAAUCAGAGAGUGUUUACAAGGACGCUGGAAACGGAUCCGAGACAAACCGACGCUAGUAAAACACGCCAGGAUUCAAUUAGCAGUGGAUCAAAUAACGAGGAUUAAUGAAACCAUUAUUGCAACACACACAAAUAAUACACAACCAGACCUACAUAUGUCUACACGUGGCGUGUGACGGGUUACACCACUCCACGAAUGAACCAGUGUGGCUUAAUUCAUGUAUGUCGCAAUGAAGAUAUUAGCGAUAUAAUGCUAAUACACAAAUUUAAUUUCCCUCGUUUUCAUUCUCAGCUUGAGCAACACCAGAAAUUAAAAGUAAACGUCCAUACUGGCAUGUUGUCAAAUACUGUAUAGGUGUGACGCAGGUUUAUUAUGCCCCUCCUCUCCGCAUAUUUAUUAUUCAUGUGGCCUUGACUACGCCGUCGCAUACAUUAAGUAUCCCAACUUACAGUAUAAGUACAUCCAGGCCACUUAUGGGGGUUGUCACCCCGCUGUACAAGUGUCAUGUAGACGUGUAGCAGUUGUUUGCCAUCAGGGGAAAUGAUUUCUAAUCAUAUUUCUGUAAGUGAAGAAAAAUAUUCAGGUUGCCUCUUUUAAUGUGGCGCUAUUGCUGUGACUGAAUGUUCGUAUAUGUGCCUCAAACAUACAUUUUUUUGAUUGCAUUUUAAACCAUGAAUAGGAAUCUAACGUUGCCCUUAACGUACUAAACGUGGCCAAAGUAGAUAAUAAAUAUAAAUGAGCACAAAAAAGAGAUUUGAGCGCCUUCCAUUUGUGGAUAAUUGGGCAGUUGUGAAGUACUUUAGCUUGACCAAUGAUUGUUGUUAGACUGUUUUAGUGGUAAACUACUGGAGCAAUUAUAUGUUUAUCAUUUUAACUGUAUUUAUUUAGCCAUAAAUAUUUUGGGGAGCAAAUUAUGCCUCAAAUUAAUUUAAUAAAAAAAAUAAUUUUAAUUUAAUAAAAAAUUAAAAAUUUAUUUAUUCAUUCAUUCAUUCAUUUUCUACCGCUUUUCCUCACGAGGGUCGCGGGGGGGUGCUGGAGCCUAUCCCAGCUGUCUUCGGGCGUAAGGCGGGGUACACCCUAGACUGGUCGCCAGCCAAUCACAGGGCACACAUAGACAAACAACCAUUCACACUCACAUUCAUACCUAUGGACAAUUUGGAGUCGCUAAUUAACCUAGCAUGUUUUUGGAAUGUGGGAGGAAACCGGAGUAUCCGGAGAAAACCCACGCAUGCACGGGGAGAACAUGCAAACUCCACACAGAGAUGCCCGAGGGUGGAAUUGAACCCUGGUCUCCUAGCUGUGAGGUCUGUGCGCUAACCCCUAGACCACCGUGCCGCCCAAAAUUUAUUUAAUAAAAAAUUAAAAAAAUUAUUUAAUAAAAAAUUUAAAAUUAAAACAUAAUAAUGUAGUGGAAUGGUUGUUUGUCUAUAUGUGCCCUGUGAUUGGCUGGCCACCAGUCCAGGGUGUACCCUGCUGCUCGCCCGAAGACAGCUGGGAUAGGCUCCAGCACCCCCACGACCCUCGUGAGGAAAAAGCGGUAGAAAAUGAAUGAAUGAAUAAUGUAAUUAAUUUAGAGUUAUGAUGUUUUCGUCACCGUUUUCAUUCAUUUGGGAAGUCCAGCCAUACAGUAUGUACAUUUGGAUGACAGUCACUUUACAUUUGGAGUUAGGCUUAUAAGAAUUCUGCAAUAUGAUCCCAAAAGGAUGAGGAUGACCGGAUAAAAGAAAGUCUCAUCCAAAGCAUCUCACAUUCCUUUCCGUAGUAUGGUGAUGUUCUAAAGGGAAAUCCGGAUACUGUUAUGUGUAAAAAUUGGCUUUGCCUAAACAAUAUUUAACUUGAACUCGAUAAAAAUAUUAAAACUAAACCCCGCAGACACAAUGCUGUCAGUAAUAUUUGUGUGCGCUUCUGAAUGUAAGACGUUCUCCACGGUAAACCUGUUCUACGGCCAUACAUUUUGUGUACAGUCCUGUAUAUUCCUUUAACGUUUUUGCUUUGUGUAUUAGAAUAUUGUUGGCCAUUUAUUCAUGCUAUAUAGUUUUUUAAAAGUGUAUUAGUAUUCAUGAAUAAAUACAUCUGCUUAUUUUGAGUAAGAAAAAAUGAAACUAUUUUCAGGGAUUGAAAGUGUUCUAUUCUACAGAAACAAAUCCAAUAAAAGAAUGAAAUACAGGAAUUGUUUACUGUCUUUGGUAAGGAAUGGGCGCUGUUCUCGGGUCAUUUUAGUAAGAUUUCAUACAAAAAUGAUCAAAAUACCCAAUCCACAAUUUUUGUAUUUUUGUGACUUCAUUUGUAAUCAUGUACACUAUUCCCUCAUUUACUGUGGUUUAUUGUUCCUAUGAUAAAUGACUUUUCACAAAGUAGGAUUGUGUAUUUAUAUGCAAUAUUUUCCUAGUCGGAGCAUAGAAAACUUGUUGACAACCUUGUAAAUACAGUUUAACUUUAUCACAGGGUUGCACGGUGGUCGAGUGGUUAGCGCACAGACCUCUGUGUGUGGAGUUUGCAUGUUCUGCGUGGAUUUUCUCCGGGUACUCCGUUUUCCUCCCACAUUCCAAAAAAACAUGCUAGGUUAAUUGGCGACUCCAAAUUGUCCAUAGGUAUGAAUGUGAGUGUGAAUGGUUGUUUGUCUAUAUGUGCCCUGUGAUUGGCUGGCAACCAGUCCAGGGUGUACCCCUGUCUCUCGCCCGAAGACAGCUGGGAUAGGCUCCAGCACUUUAUUUAGAGCCCUCCGGACAUGAACUAACACCCUCAUAGUCACCUUUACACUCGUACCUUGGUUAGCAUCAAUCCAUUCCAGUCUAAAACUAAGACCAAAACUUUAACCAAGGCAAGUUUCCCCAGAGAAUAGUGUAAUUCUAGUCACCCAAAUAUUUUAACACAAAACACCUUUUAUAGAUUCCUUUUAUAGAUAUAAUUCUAGUUUUAAAAUGAUUUAUAUUGUAGGACAAUCCCUUUUUUUGGUUCCCAAAAUCCAAAUGAUCCAGACAAAUCUUUGCAUUUCUUGGCUAAAUUCUUGACUAAAGAUCAUCCGUCACCAGCCAUCCGGAAUGGCCGAUGCUUU